AUGCAGGUGCUCGACGCCAUCCAAUCCGUGGAACCAGUGGAAUACUACCAGGACGACGACCAUUUCUCAAAAUCACCACUCUUGGAAGCUCGUGUUGUAAAGGCAACACCAUCUCCAACGCCGCAGCCACACAUAACACCACUCAUCCGCCACCUACCCAACCGACAGAGUGUCAGUCCUCCUCAAUCUCGAAAUCGGAAAAAGUCUAAUAAACAUAAGCCCCGAACUCGCCCCACCCAAGGAGACUGGGUGCUCAUUCGUGAGAUGGACCCGAACCGGCCAGACAUUGCCCAAAAAGCAAGCGAGCAGGCCUUGAACUCCGACUCUGAUUCGCACUGCUCUGGGGACGACGACAUGCCUGAUGCCGACUCUCCCGACACGGCAGCGGCCCCGUCCGUCUCUAACCACGGUCAACCAGUGCCACAAAAUGCGCGUCCCGCCAACUCAGCACCGACCCUACAAGAAGUGCUUAGCUCAGCACCCGAUCCAAAAGCGACGGCUACUCACAGAGACUCGGUGAUCGAAGACGAAGCUACCAGACCUUUUGGGUUUGCAGCAGAUAGGCGCACAUCUCAAACGUAUGCAGUUCAUGUAGCACCGAAUGGCGUGCAACCGAAUACAAACGGAAUCGAUCGAACACUAUCUACAUCGUCCGCCUUAUCGUCCGCAUCAUUGCAACCACCAAGCCAGCCACCUCGGGGCUUGCCCAAUGGCCAUUCCCAAGAGAAUGAUUCAGCAACAGUCCCCGGUCUACGACAACUAACGAUCCCGCAGCGCGGAGGGCUUUCGGCAGACACGCUGCCUGCGUUGCAAGCACCCUCUCCUGCGCGUGAUGGAGCAGCUACCUCGCCUAGUCAGCAGCUACCCUCAUUCCGUCACAUUGAUGAUAUAGCGAGAUCAGCAACGAAUGACCACGAAGCAACGAGAGCAAACAGUAUCAGCUUCCCCCAUCGACAAUCAGUCUCCUCAGUAGGAGCCUCACCAACAUCGAUGGUUCGCCAGCUUUCCAUGAGCUCCCAUUCUCCAGCAACACCGUUUCCUCCUCUAAGUGCGUCUUCGCCAAUGAGUGCCCACGAUUUACCACAUCGUGUCGAUCUAUUUCUCCGCACCUCAGGAGGAGGCGCUUUCGGCACGGAUGCUCGGAGGCCUUCGCACGCCGCGUCAGACAACAGCCCUUACACGGCGACAUUGCACUCUGCAUCGACCAGCGACAGCUACCAAAGCUCAGAGGGUCUCAGUCCUGGUACACAGCAAACACCAAUUGAGCAAAGACCCCGACAUAUGAGUCUAGACGGCGCGCUUGCGUCAAGAGUCUUGCCACCUCCACUUGGCUCUGGUCUACAGCAGAAUGUGACUCAGCAUAUCGUUGGAUCCUUCAAGUGCGAUUAUCCAGGUUGCACUGCUCUUCCUUUCCAGACGCAGUAUCUUCUUAAUUCACACACCAACGUUCACUCCUCAAACCGCCCGCACUAUUGUCCAGUAAAAGACUGUCCCCGAGGCGAGGGCGGCAAAGGUUUUAAACGGAAGAAUGAGAUGAUACGGCAUGGGCUCGUGCACCAAUCGCCCGGCUAUGUGUGCCCGUUUUGUCCAGAUCGCGAACACAAGUAUCCAAGGCCGGACAACCUGCAGAGACAUGUACGCGUACACCACACCGAUAAAGAUAAAGAUGACCCGCAACUUCGAGAUGUACUUGCCCAGCGGCCUGAAGGCGGUAGUCGGGGGCGAAGGAGACGUGUGAGCGACUCUGGUCACUGA